AUGAAUACGCAAAUAUUAUAGUAAAUAGGUACUUCCCCUAAACUCACAGAAUUUAAAAAUUAGCAGUAUAAAUAAUAUAUUCCUGCUGUCAGAAAGCAAAGCGAUCAAAUUUAUGCCUCUGUUACUUCUCCUUCAUUUGUUCCUUAAUUGGUAAAAAAAGGCUCAAGCUCUUAAAGAGAUGUAAUUAACCCAAAAGAAGAAACUAAUUACUCAAAAAAUAAGUUUGUUUUAAAUAGCCAGAUAAAUUAAAAUGCCUCCCAUAGUCACUCUAAUAGUAAAGAAGACAAAUAAAUUCAAAGCGAACCAUAGUCAUUAAAUUAUGAAAUUCUAUCAUCUCAAUUUAGAAAAAAUUAAGUGAGAUAGUUUACUUUGGGAAAUGAAUUUGAGCAAACUGCUAAUUUUAUAUAGAUUUCAAAUAGAUAAUCAAUUAAUAACACUACUGGCUCUUAAGAAUAAUAUUUAGGAAGUACUGUCAAUAUAAACAACACUAGCCUUUCUUAAAAUAACUCUUAGAUACCUAGAGGAAGCCUGCAAAGUAUAGCUAAUGGAAAUGUAGAAGGAGAAUAAAUGAAACAAAUUAUAAUAAAUUUAUAAUAAAGAAUAACAAAAUUAGAAGCCAGAGUAGAAAGCAACGAAGAAAAAAUAGAUUUAAAUGAAAGAUUGUUUAGAUUAAAAGAUCAGCAAACUGAAAGCUAGUAACUUUCGAUCAUUAGUAGUAAUAUAAAAAACGAUGUAGAAAAUUAUGUUUAAAGUGUAAUCUUAUAAUAGUAGCAAGAAUGUGAUAGGACUGUAGAAUAGAUGAAAAAAAUAGAACUUCUUGAAAAAAAACUAAAAAGUAGUGAUGAAAAUUUAUUAAAAUUUACAAAUGAUAUCGAGCAAUAGUUAAAAGAAUCUAUUUAGCCAUUCAAUACCUAAAUUGAAAGAGCUAUGAAAUUAAUAAAUGCAAAUGCUUCUUAAAUAGAAAAGAAUUUUUAGAAAUACGAUGACUUUAAUUCUAAAAUUACAGACUUAAAUGAUAAAAUUAAACUAUUACAACAAAAUAUAACUUUGAAUAAAGAUGAAGUAUUUGAUAGCUUAAACUAAUAUGAAAAAUCUCUUUAACAAAUUACAAAGGUAUAAAAUAAUAUAACUGAAGAUUUAAAGUAAAAUAUUCAACCUGCGAUCAAAGGACUUGAAGAUGAUUUUUUAAGGAUCCUUUAAAACUAUAAAGAAAUGUCAGACUUUGUGACAAAAACUAAAUUUCUGGAUGAAGAAAUGAUUCUCUUAAAACAUAAAGUUAAAAUUAUAGCUCAAAAAGUGAAUGUAAAUGAAAAUUGGCAAGUUAACACUUAAUCUUUAUUAUCUCUUAAUAAUUUUAAAAACAAAUGA